AUGGGAGAUGAUCAUGGGAAGGAUACGCCAUACUUUGCGUAUUACGCUGCACUCGUAAAUCAAGCUAAUAUGCUCAUGGAUUCUUCACGUACUGGUGUAUACCAGCAAAGUAUCCUCGGUAACUCAGCAGGUUCAUUCAUGGGCAAGGAUGUACUGGAUGUAGGAGCAGGUUCUGGUAUUCUCUCCUUCUUCAGUGCACAAGCUGGUGCGAAAACAGUCUACGCAUGUGAAGCAUCCGAUAUGGCGUCAAAAUUGCAAUUAAUCGUAGACGAGGCUAACAAGGGUGGUAAAAAUGCUUUCUUGAAGAACAAAUUGAAGGUCGUCAAUGCAAAGAUUGAGGAUGCUCAAGCAAGCACUUUAAUACCCAACAAGGUAGACACCAUUGUUAGUGAACCAAUCGGUGUAUUACUUAUACACGAACGUAUGAUUGAGUCCUUCAUUGAAGCUCGUGAUAGAUUCCUCAAGCCUGGCGGCUCUAUGUUCCCUUCAUCAGGUACAAUUGAGCUCGCGCCCUUCACAGAUGAAGCUUUAUACGCUGAAACAGCGCAAAAGAGUGGAUUUUUCCAACAAACAAACUUCCUUGGUGUCGAUUUAAGUGUCUUGCAAGAAGCUGCAAAUGAAGAAGCUUUUAGUCAACCUGUUGUUGGAAUGUUCCCUCCAAAUCAACUCAUUGCGAACACAACUAACAAUCACGCCAUUGACUUUUACACAUGCUCUAUGGAUGAUUUAUACGCUUUUACCAUACCAUUUACUUGGCAGAUAACGCGUACUUCUUUGAUGCAUGGUAUCGCAGGAUGGUUUGAUUUACACUUCAAAUCACCUAAGGCUGGUGGUGUAGAUCUUUACUUGUCGACAGGACCAACGGCUCCUCGUACACAUUGGCAAGCAACUAGAUUGCUCUUCAAAGAACCACUCGCUGUUAAUGCAGGUGAGGUAGUAAAAGGAUCACUAAAAUUCAAGGUCAACGAUCAGAGAAGUUACGAUAUCGUUGGAUCCAUCGAAAUCGAAUCAUCAAAGGAACAAUACGAUUUGAAGCACCCAUUGAAUCAAUUCAAUCCAUACUUCAGACAAGCUGAAUGGAGAUUACAUGAUCAAACAUACAAUUACAACUACAGUAACCUCUACCAGAUACCAGAACAAUCUGCUGCAUACACGGGGUAUGAGACUUUAGCAUAA